UACUGUGAGAUUUCUGAAACUUCUUAUUGAUAUCCCUCAUCGAAAGUUCAUGUAAAAUUAUUGUGAUUAAUAAUGCUAUGAACUAUAUUUAUGUUUAAAGAUUGUGUUAGUGAAAAGUUUAUCAUAUUUAAAGAACAUUGGAAUCUACCUAAAUGUUAAUGUUAAGCUGGAAGUUGUUAGAACCCAUGACAUUUUAUGAACUCGAUGUGCGUUUUGGCCAUUUUACUAGGCUUGUCUUAAUGAUUCGUAUGUAAUAGUCACGUGACCCCAAGUGAAUUUUUGACCAAUGGCGCGAAAUUAUAACAGAAAAUGCUGUUCCUGUUUGUGUCUUGUGGAAAAUUGAAGUACCAAUAUGUAGCAAGCUAUGUGACAUUCUAUACAAUGUUAUUACCACGUUCAAAAUGUAAAGUAGUGUGGGGGUCGUAAACAUGUAGGUUGUGAAUAAACUUUAUAAGAUGUCGUUGAGAGGCACAAAGCGGGCUAGUGGGGUCCGCAGGGACGAGGCAGGCACUUCCAAGCGCCGAAGAGUGGAGUCUGAAGACGCACUCUGGCAGCUUCGUCCAGUUAGUGACCUCAAGAUGUCAUCAAUUUAUAAUAGAAAUGCCUCUGAGGCACCUGCAGAACUUUUCAGGAAGGAUUUCAUUUCAAUGAUGAAAUUGGCUGAUACCGAGCCGCUAACACCAUGCGAUUACUGGAUAAUCACAGACACUUGGAAGCAAGAUUGGGAGAGAGGAGUACAGGUUCCUGUCAAUCCAGAUUCUUUGCCAGCCCCUAAAGUUAAAAUUAUAAAAAAUCCAAAACCACCAAAAUUUGAAGAUUUCAAACUACCUAAGGAUAAAUAUAUUCAUCUUAAUAGAGAUGCUCAUUACCUGCCAGAUAAGCAUGUGCUGAGCACAACACCAUCCCAAGCAGAAUCUGCUUGUAGUUAUGACUUAGAUGCCACUGACAUGGCUUGGCUCAAAUUAUUAAAUGCCGAACGUGCCCGAGCCGGCGCCACGGCAGUUACAGAGGACCAACUUGAAAAAGUAAUAGAGGAACUUGAGGUACGAACAUGGGAAAAAAUACAAUCAAUAAUAAAAUCGGAAGAAGGCUUAGGUCUUGAAUAUGAUGAAAAUGUAAUAUGUGACGUAUGUAGAUCUCCAGAUUCUGAAGAUGGAAAUGAGAUGGUGUUUUGUGAUGAGUGUAAUAUAUGUGUUCACCAAGCAUGCUAUGGUAUUACAGUUAUUCCAGAAGGUCAAUGGUUGUGUCGACCCUGCCGCGCGGGUGUUAAACCUAAUUGUGUUUUGUGUCCCAAUGUGAGUGGAGCCAUGAAAUGCACUCCAUCUGGCCAUAAAUGGGCCCAUGUAAGCUGUGUUUUGUGGAUUCCGGAAGUGUCAAUUGGUUGUGCUGAAAAAAUGGAGCCCAUCACUAAAAUAGGUUCCAUUCCUCAGUCAAGAUGGUCUCUAGUUUGUGUUCUGUGCCGUGAAAGAAAAGGAGCUUGUAUACAAUGCUCAGUAAAGACUUGUAAAACGGCUUAUCAUGUUACUUGUGCAUUUAAAUAUGGUUUAGAAAUGCGGGCAAUUAUUGAAGAUGAAAAUGCUGAUGAUGGUGUAAAAUUGCGAUCGUAUUGUCAAAAACACAGUGUAAAUUCCAAAAAAGAAAAGUGUCCUGGUUCAGGAGAAGAAGAAGAAGAAGCUAAAAGAAAACGUCGUAAAGAUAUGACUUCAGAAGAAAAGAAUCAAGCUCGAGCGGCGCGGCUUCAAGAAAUUGAGGCAGAGUUUGAUGAACACAUUGGUAUUAAUGAUAUUAGUUCUCAUCUAGAUGUUGAUCAAGAUGCUGUCAGUUAUAUUUAUAAUUAUUGGAAAUUAAAAAGAAGGGCUGGUCAUAAUAGACCUUUGCUUCCUCCUAAAUCGGAUAAUAAUGAAUUGCUGACACAUAGACAAGAACAGGCUGAUCUCGAAAAAAUGAAAAAAUUUGUACAACUUCGCCAAGAUUUAGAAAGGGUGCGUAACUUGUGCUAUAUGGUUAGCCGACGCGAAAAAUUGUCAAGAUCUUACUUCCGAAUGCGCGAACAAACAUUUCACAAACAAAUAGCUGUUUUAUCUGCGGAUUCAACGAUUCCAACACCGGAAUUAACAGCAAUAAUCGAAGCCAAUCAUGGGCCGUCUAUAUAUGACAGGUUGUAUUCAGGUCCAAAUGCACCUGACCAUGAAAAUGAUUUUGAUGAUCUUCUCGCCAGAAUAGCUCCACAGGAAUCUAGUGAUGACAAAAAACGGGACCGAAAUGGCUUGGUCCGGGGCUCAAAAUCUUCAAAUCCUUAUAAGAAACUUUAUGUAAAUGGUUCUCGUAGGGGUGGUAUGUAUGCUGGACUAUCUAGUGAAGAAAGUGGUACUGAGAUUGGGCGAUCUUCGAAGUAUCGCGGAAGAACAAUUGGGUCCAGCACUGAUGAGGACGAAACAACACACUCUAAAAAAAGGGUCACUGCCAAGAAAAAGGUUUCACCUAAAGGUAAAGGUAAAAAAUCUCCCAAAAAAUGUGAACAAAGAAGAAAGAAAGUGCCACUUUCAAAAGCUAUUGUUGGAAGUAGUUCAGAAGAUGAAAAAAUAAAACCUAAAUUAAAUAAAGAUCAAUCUCGUAGUAAAACUCUUCAGCAAUUGGAACAAGAAAUGGCUGCUGGUAGAGGAGACUCUGUUUCAGAUAGCGAUGAUUUGAUUCCAAUUAGAUCUACUCGAAACAACAAGUUCCCAGUUGAUAUUUAUUCUGAUAGUAGUGAAAGCAAUAAAGAAAGCAAGUUAAAGAUUGAAAAAUCUCCAACUGAAAAUGAUUCUAUGCAAUCACUGCCAAGAACAAAAGCAGCUAUGAAGGAAUUUAUCCCUAGUCAACCUGAAAAGAAAUCAACUAAUGCAGAGUCUAAUGCCUCUAAAACAAGUCCUAAAAAGAGAGGACGAAAACAGAAUAAUAAAGACAAGAAAAACACGAAUAAAUCUAAUGUUUCUGAUGAUGAAACAAAAGAGAAUAUCAAGUUUGCUAAACAAAAAGAUAAUCCUACUGAUUUGAUUGUUCCCCAAAGACAAGCAGCUAAAAAGGCUUCCGAAAAUAUGCGGUCAACCACUGUUUCUAAAAAAGAUGAUGCUCCUGUUGAAAAACAAGUCAGUGGAGAUGAUUCAAAGAAUAAACAAAAAGUAAAGACUAAGGAAAAAGAAAUUAAAGAUUCUAAACCUGCAAAAAUAAGCAGAAAAAAGUCAUCUAAAGAUCAAAAAGAAACAAUUGCAUAUGUCCCUCAAAGGCAGGCAGCUAAAAAAGCAGCAGCUCAUAUUAAGAGUGGCCUUGGAGCUAAAGCUCCAGUGGUAGAACCAGAUUCUGAUAAAAAGAAAGAAAAUGAAAGAUCAGAAGAAAUAAAGUCACCCAAGAAAGAAGAAAUAAAACCUAAAAUUAUCCAAGAUGAAAGUUCGAGUUCCUCUUCUAAUUCUAGCAGUAGCAGUUACACAUCAUCCUCAAGUUCUGAUGAAGUUAAUGAAAAACCAAGCAUUAAACCUACUGCAAAAGCUCGAGAAAUAAAACCGUUUCCGAGGCAACCAUCGAUGUUUUCGCCACCAGGUUCUAGACCAACAGUGGAUUUGCCCUUUCUUGACAAGGUAUCAAAACCACUGUCUUCAACUAGUGCCUCUAGUGACUCCGAGAGUUCUAAAGGGUCUAGGUAUUCCAUUACUCGACCUCGGAGACGUCGCAAAGCCAAAACUGUCACAGAUGAAUCCACUCAGAAGACCCCAGACAAGAAGCUUAAAACUUCCGAACGGCGGUCCGAGUGUGGGGCUUCAUCGCCGGCUAUUGAAGGAGAGGAAUCGAGUCGAACAAUGGUCGCGGUCCCUACCGUGUGUACUCGGACCCGAAGCACUGUUGGAAGCGGAAAUAUGUCUGACGAUUCAGAAUCGAGAGCAAGAAAAUCACCCAGGAUCGUCGACGUUGUCACUCCCAAACAAGAAGAGGGCAGCAAGUCCAUUGAACUUACUGUUACGCAACGGGAAACGGACGAUACGAUAAAAGAUGAAGUUGAUGAAAUUAAAGAGGAGAACACUAUUAAAGAUGAGGAUGACACCUUCGAUAAAGUUGACACAGAAAAAAUAAUUGACAAAAUUAAAAGUCCUGGUAACAAGUCACCUAAAGAAGAAAUUGCCGAAGAGCCUGAUUUACUUGAUAAUAAAGAUAUCGAACUUAAAAGUGAAACUGAAGAACUUAAAAGUGAUACGUCUUUGUCAGUUUCUAACUUAUCACCAAUUAAAGAAAAAAGAGACAUUUCUGAUGACGAAACAAUUAGUACACACCAAAACUGGCUGUCACAAGCGCCCAGUCCUCACGUUCAUCCUCCUCCUGUCGAAAAACCAGGUGAUCACGAGAAAUAUAUGACAGAAGAUAAAUCUCUAGAUGUUGAUUUUACAGAUAGAAGUAGUAUUCGAAUGAUUGCUAAAAUUCAAGCAAAUCUAAAUGAAAACACAAUGAUUAAAUCACCCAAAACACCUAUGGAUGCAAGAACUCUUACAAUGGAUACUAUUGAUGUUGAGAAUACAUUGACCAGAAAUAAUAGAAAAUCUACUCUUGAUAAGAAAUUUAUUGCACAAGACUCUAGUCAUGUCCAAGCGGUUGAAAUAUCAAAAAGUGCUAAAAUUCCAUCUGCUUUAAAUACAUUUCCGAACAGAAAUAUAUAUUCACCACAACCUAGAGAAAAUGAUCAUUAUGAAAUCGAAGUCUUUCCACCAUAUUCGGAAUUUAUUUUUAAAGAAGAUUCUAAAGAACAAGGCGCCCAAGAAACUUUAAACCUAGUUGACCGUCUAAGAAUGCAAUUAAGUUCAAAGAAAGUGCAACCUGAAAAUUUUGUAUCAGAUGAUGGCUUUACCAAUGAUAAUAAGGAAAUAGAAAUAGAAGUUCCUCCUUUGGGUUUGAGUACACCUAAGAGUGAUCCUGAUAGUCCAAAAGACGGUUCAGUAAUAUCAUUAGUUGAUGAUGACAAAAGCUCAAUUAAAGACAUACCAUUAAUCCAUCAUGUUCCAUACACAAUUGAUCUACUGCAAAAUUUUAAUCAGAAGAAACAUAUAUCUCAUUCUAAUAAUCACGAUGAAAACAAUAUGGACUAUAUGGAUGAUGAUAAAGAUGCUAUAUCUAUCUUACAGAAUGAUUCACAAUUAGACCAAAUUGAUAAGAAGUGUGAUGAUACUACUUCUUUUACUGAUGAUAUAAAAGAACUAUCUAUUGCUCAUUCUGACAUUAACUCCAUCUCUGAAAUUGGUGAUUCCUUAUCAAUUUCAAAGCAAAGUGAUGACUCGCAGUCUUUAUCAGUAGUGGACCAUUCUAUUGACAAUGAUUUAACUCAAGACAAUCAUACAUAUGAUAAUAAUAAUUCUGUAAUACAUUCAGAUUGUGCUACAGUGUCAUCUCCUUAUCUAAAUCAUGAAUCUAAGUGGCAAGAGAGCAAGAUAACAACAAGGCGGUCUUCAGCAUCUAGCACAAAUUCUGACAGUUCUGUUAAUUCUCAAAAGACCAGUCUACAUAUAUCAUGCGAUCGCCAUCGAUCGGGUGUUAUUUCAGAAAUAGAUCGUUACCCAGCUAUUCCACCAUAUUCUCAUCCCUUAGAUCCUGCUAUGUCUCUAAACCAAUAUGCGAAUUAUCCACAAACUGCGUCUCCAUAUCUGGGUCCUAUGGUAUUGCCUAUAUUUCCUCCAGGGGCAUGUCCAUCAUCACAACUGUCAUUAUCUUCCACUGCUCCAGGCCUUUAUGUUCCAAGCUUAUCUUAUUCGGCUACGUCACUGAUGCCACCGUUACCAAAACCAAUAUUUUCCAAUAUUUGUGCCGCAUUUACGACAUCCUCCCAAAAUAUAGCAUUAACACGAGCAAUGAUAGCAUCACCAACAUCGAAGCCACUUGACUCGCCAUCAGAAGAUAUUGAUGUAACAGGUAGCGAUAAGCUAUCAAUUAACGCACCUUCAAGUCCCAGUAUAAGUGUUGAUUCAUUUAACGAUGGUAGCAAUACCCGAGAAACAAUUAAAGCAGAAAACACUGAGAGCUCACAACCUCCAGAUUCUAAAUCACCACUGAAAGUUACAAAACAGAAUUCACUUAAGCUAUCCGGGAAGAGUCCUGGUAUAUCGCCAAAACAAGUAGAUGUACCAAAGGUAAGCAAAAGACCAAGCAACAGAAGCAACAGAACACAAAGGGGACGAGGUCGUUCAAAAAGUCGUGCACAGGUUUCACAAAACCUCUUUAGCGCCCAUAUGGAAAAUUCUAUACAAAGUAAACUUGUUGGUACCGUAUACGACUUUGAAGAAGAGAUAGCAAAUGAUGGUGUUGAUCUUAAAGCAUUAAGAGACCGCCGAAAAUCUAUAGAUGUAAAAGACGAACGCAAAUCGGAGCAUAGUUUUAAAGAUGAUUCGCAAUCACCCCAAAUCUCAAGUCCACAAAGUGCAUCCAUCAGUAUCAAAGAGGAUAAGAGUUCUCUUCUUGAAAUUAAAAAAGACGAAUCUAAUUCGCCCACACAUACGGAUAGUUUGGAACAUACUAGUUUUUCACAAGUACAACCUGUUCUACCUGGACCAGUCGAUAUGCGGACUUACAGCGCUUCGGAAAUUCAAUCUCCAGCUGUCAGUGAUGUUUACCACAGUCAUUUGCUAGAAUUUGCCAGUGGAACUGCUGAUCAGCAUUUACCGGAUAUUGAUGAGGAAGUGGAAAAGCAAUUGCAUACCGCACUCAAAAUGGCAAGUAACCAAGAAGCAGACGCCGAACUUACCACCCCAAUACCAGACACAAUAAUUCAUCAAGAUUCAUUUAUGCCACAAUUACCGAAAGUAUCUUUAUCCGAUUCUAGAAAUCAGUUAAAAGUCAAAAUAAAAGGACCAUUCUUAGAUGCGAAUUACUCUGCUAGCUCAGCCCCGCCGGUGGCACCAAAACCACAUGUCCACGUUUACGAUCCCAAUAGUAGUUUGUUGAACUUGUCCACCGGCUCUGUCUCAUCAACUGGUUCUACAAACUGGAGACGCAUGCGUAAAAAAGAAUUACUGCAGCAAUAUGUGACGCAAGAUAUGAACUUGGAUGAUCCUACUAAUACUGCAAAUGUCGGUAUCGUCCCACCACCUGUAGCACCUCAGCCGCUAGCUCGAGCAGUUAUAACGAUACCUAAAGCCGUUGCUUCCAUGACAAGUAUACCGACCAGAGAAGAUUACAAAAUGACUGAAACGGCUGUGGAAAAGAAAAAACGUAAGAGCAGUGCUCUAUCUCGGGAGUUACGGCAGUUAAAUAGCGACAUAGAUUUGUCAGAUAAUGUAAAGUUAUCAAAAUUCGUAGCUGGUCUAGGGCAAUACCCAAAGAGGCGAAAGCGAGUGGCACCUUCGAAACCAAGCCCGCCUUCGCCCAGUGAAAUAUCGCCUGUUGCACCCAAGUUAAAAAUAAAAAUUGGCUCAAACUUAGUGCAACCUGUACCUGAAGAUUCAUCGAGCUGCCAAUUCCGACCCCCUAAGAAACGACUGCAAACACAAAUAAUACCAACACCUAGCAUGGAAGACUUGAAACGUGAAAGUAUGAUAUACCGCCGUAUGGUAAUGGCUGACUUCGAGGAGGACAAAAAACCCAAAAAGCCAAAAAAAGAUAAGGGCAAGAAGAAAAAGGACAAAAAACUUUUAGUGGUUAAUAGUGAUAGUGAAAGCGCUACUAAGUUAAUAAUUAAAAUUAAGCGUCAAAAGGAUGGGGCAGAGGAGAAAGACGGAGAGAGUUCGGUGCCAGCGGCUCGCGCCGAGUUGGCCGUGGACCCCUUCGACUACGAUCCGUCAGCGCCCGACCCACUCGCUAUAGAUACACCUUUCUGUGAAUCCUCGUCUGCCUUGCGAAGGAUACGAACUGAAAAAGUGACCCCGAUACGUUUAAAACGUAGUUCUCAAGGUUCCGGUUAUGUAAUGAAAAAGGCGAGGUUAGAAAAAGAGGCCGCCGAAGCCAAUAAGAGUUGUCCAACGUCGGAGCCACUCCCUUCCGCCACCAUCGAUGGAAACUGUACAAUGAGGUGAUAUAAAAAGUUAAAAACUGGACUAUAAAACAUUUUAAUGUCAGGUGCAUGUAUAUAGUUACAACAUAAAGUUAAUGUUAACCUUAAGUGUAAAUUAUUUAUUUGUAUAAAUCGAAAGCUCAAUUUACAUGUAAUAUGUAUUUAUGUAUUACAUAAUACAUUUGAAGUAUUUAUGAAUACACAAAAUGUGACUAUAUAGGGAUAAUACUUUAAUAAAUUAGCUAUAUUACUCGUAAUAAAGAAUCUCACUGUCAUACAAAAUGCAUGUUAAUAACUACUAAUAAUUUGAUUAGGUUAUUCUGUUACCGAUUUUCGGCCUUUGCUUAGAGCAAAAGCUGUAAUUUUUUAUAUAUUUCCAGCUUCUAUAAAAUCCAUUCAGCAAAUUUAAAAUUAUUAUUUUACUGUAUUUAUGUGGUCACUAGAAUGUUUAAAAUGAAUUUUUCUCCUACAUUGAUAUCACAAUGUUAAAGGUUUUUAUUUUGAAAAUUUUAGAAUAAUCUAUUUAUAAACGCACACAUACUGAUUUUAUUUACUCUCUAUAUUAAAUGUACUUUUUUUUGCAGAAACCAUUUAUUAAUUUUUAUUUACAUUUUAAAUCAGCUUAUAUUGUAACAAGAUUAUUCUUGAAAUAGUUAUCAAAUUGUCAAAAAUCAAAAUAUAAUUAUGACAUACAAGGCUUGUUUAAAUCUGAAUCACUCAAAUUCUUUCAGAAUAUUUAUACCAUGGCAAUUAUGUGUGAGUUUAUAAAAACAAUACUGUAUUUUGUAAAAAUCACAGCUAGGUUAUGAUAGAUUAUUAUUGUAUGCAUAAUAAAAUGUGCAAUAUUUGCCAAUACUCAUCGGAUAGUCAUGUUCUAAUCGACCUCUGGGGCCGGUGUAGGUUUAAGUCCAUAUGUGUUAGUAUUUGCUCUCAUAUAUGUUAUUUUACGAUGUAAAUACAGUUAAUUUUAAAAAUCAAAUCUCAGUUAAUCGCCCUGAAAAUCACAAUGUAUUCUGUGAAAUGUCUUGCAAUUGUAAAAGUACAAUUCAAUGAAUUUAUUUUCCAGUUAAUCAAUGUUUUGCAACAAAUAACUGUUAUAAAAUAUUAAGACCCCAAGAGAAUCAUUAUAUGUAUAUUUUAUUUCGACGUAACUUCUCAGUUUGUUAAUUAUCUAAAAAUGCAUUUAUUAUUAUUUAAGAUACGUAUUGUAAAAAUAGUUUUAAACUUUACCUACUAAUUCGAUAUAAUAAACUGUCGACGAUUAGAAUCAGUAUUUUUCACUGUCAUUUCCAUUGUAAUGUGUUUAUAUGUAUGUACGUUAGAUGUUGGUAAAGAUGUCAACAACAUUACAUAAUUUUUUUUUCAUAGUAAAUGAAACAUAAAUCUGGUGGGAACUGAUUCGUGUUGUUGCUCAACGGUUAGUCACAAAAUAUCAGUUUAAUUGUUUAGGAGAACAUUAUAAAACCUUUCACAUUUUUUUUAAAGUUUGUAGUGAAAAUUGAAAACUUUGUUUUAAAAGUUCUACAGAUUUAUAAAAUCAAUGUUUGGUUAUAUUUCUUUAAACUAGUCAAUUUGUCUAAGAAUUAUUUGUUAUUUUUUAUUUAUUGUUAUCACCGGCGAUGCUCGUAUUUGAAACGGAAUUUUUAUUAAACGGUUGUAAAUAAAAAAUACAUGUAAUUCCUUAUUUGGGUUACUUUUUAAAUUAGAUUAGUAAUUUCCAUUAUUAUUCUUUGAAAAAAUUGAUCUGCAUGAUUUUAUUCUGGUUAUUGCGAUUCAGGCCUGGCCUCGCCUGAAAUCCCCUUGAAUUGAAUAAUGCAAUAGCAAUUAAUCAUCAGGUGUCAUAAUUAUAUUAGAUCAUGAAAUUGACUAUCUUUAAGGAGCAAACAGGAAUCAGAUUCCAGAAAAAGGCCUAUUUACGAUGUUAACAUCUUUCGCAAAUAUAAUUUUUAAACCCUCGUACUGUAACAAAAUCACAUAAAAAUUGUCUUCCUUUUGCGCAUUUUAUCACCGAUUGGAAAAUAUUUUAACAAACAUAGUUCCACGUUUGCCAAAUUGUUUUUUAUUUGAUUUUUUAUUCCUACGCAUGCAGUACGCACAAUCUAUCCAAUGUAAAGAGUAUGUACAACAUGUGGCUUAGUAAAUAUUGUACCAAUUGCAUUAUCAGGCAUUGUAAUUAUCGAGCAUUACCUUGUUACUGUGAUUUGUUUUAAUUUAUACGUCAUUUUAAGAUUUUUAGAAUAACGACCGUUGAUAACACUCAGUGACACUGUAAAUACUUUAAAAUAUUUUGAUACAAUAUACAUAAUGUGCACUAGCAUGUUCUGUAACCAUUUUAAUGUAAUAAAAUAACAAUUUUGGUACUACUAUUACAUAUAUUUGGUGUUAUUUAGAGUCGAGCUUUGAGCGUAUGAUUUUAUAUUAUUUACUUACCAAUUUUUAUCUAUUGUAAGUGUUGUUUGGAAUUGUCAUUUACUUUAAAUAUAGAAAGCAUCGUUAAAGUGAGUGUUGUUGGAAUAUUUAAUGUGUUACAUGUACGUAUGGGGUUAUAUGUAGCAGUCACUAAAGUAGAGUUUGCAAGACGUCCGACAAUUUUCCCUUUGAAGUCGGAACAUCAUUUUAUUUGAUAUAGCAUUAAAUAUAGUUACAAGUUUUCAAUAGAUUUCAUAAAUUAGUAGCUCACGUCCAAUGUGUAAACAGUAAAAUCGUUGAAAAACUAUCUGUAUAUUAUGCCUCAGUCGUAAAUUCAUUAUUAGUAUAAUUGGCUGAAUGAUCAGUCAUUAGUUUAAAAUUAAUUUCAUACAUAGUUAUUUAUGUAUUAGUUUGUAAGAAUACUUUAAGAGAGAUUAACAGCUAAUACCAUUAUCCUUAUAAGUAUUUCCAUGGUUUUAAAAACUUAGAUUAUUAGUUAUUAAGAAUAAAUUGUACAAACUACUUAUGUACAGAUUAGAGUUAUCUGAGAAAUUAAGAGAUGCUAAAGUGGCAGUGUGUACGUAGUAAAGGGAAAUGCAACGCGGGUGUUGUAAAUAUUGUAAGUUUCAAUGUGCACAUAGUCGCCUCCUUCAUGAUUAAAUUUUUCUAGAUCAAUUA